AUGGCUUUCAUGACUGCUGACUGCUCUCGUCUUGUCUGUGACUCUUAUGGCCCUGUUUUGUAUGUUUGUGGAGCUGCGUUCGGCUACGCAUUCCGUUGGUAUUCUACCAUUAAUACUUGUCUACUUAACGGUAAAUUACAGACAUUAAACGCACGCACACACGCACACUCAGCUACCCAUCCUUGCCAAAAAGAUUGCCAGGCAGCAGGAGCAGCGGGAUUAGCCGAUGACGGCAGUGUCGCUGGAGGUCCUGGAAUGGAGACGGAGUAA